GAGACCAACACGGUACCUUUCUAAGGCCUUUUUCUCGCAGCGCAGCGCUUUCCUACCCAAAUCCGAGCCUAGGGUUUCUUCAGCAGCUCCGCUGCUUCAAUCGCGCUGGCUAUGGUAGUGGGAAAUGGCCUCGGCUAUGGCGUCUCGUCGUAGUUUUUCUUUUGCACGAGAAUUCGGGGAUGUGGAGGUGGAAUAGGCAGCGGUGGAGGACGCCAAGUUCGUCGUUCAAAGAUAGUCAGAGGUAUUAGAAGUGUGUGCAUGGGAACCAUAAUAUCUGCAUUUCAAGCAUUGCUCUAGCGAUCGCUGCGGAGAAUAGCGGGAGCCUGCUGUAGAGAGUACUCAAAACGGCGAGGUGCAGCUAUUUCGGUUCUUGAAGCAGGUGUGAGAAUAUUCUGCGACAUAACCGCGAUUGAUUUCUAGUUGGACACAAUGACUAACCGAGCCGAGUCUUCCAAGGCCUUACUGUAUACCCUCCUGUCAAGCUUAGACAGUGACGCACAGAUGCACGUGGAGUUAAAGUCUCUGAAGAACACGCUUCACUUUGGCACUUCAAGUCGCUUGGAUGAUGCUGACACGAAGCUGGAGCUCAAGACUGCGUUGGGAGAGGAAGACGAGAUUCGGAAUCUCUGUUACAGGGCCUCACCUAGUAGUCUACAUUCUAAAUCUGCUGACUUAAAAGCGAUUUUGGAAGAACCUGGGGAGAAGACGUUGUAUAUAGAGAUAAGAAAGUCUCCAAGUGCAGGUGGCGGGUGUGGUGCCAAAAGUUUGCAUACUAAUUUUUUAUCUCUAUCUGAUGGCCACAGGAGCUGUAGUGACGUUUAUGAGUCAACCAGGCUUGCUGACUAUAUGCUACAAUCAGAUCAUCAAUUCUUGGAGAUUGAAAGUGGAGCAGGCCACAGUAAUGUGGAUGAUAUGCAGAGACCUGGCUCUGCUAACGAAGAAUUGCUUGAGACUGCCCAUGCCAUUGUCAACAUGGCUGAUUUGAAAUCCAACACCGUUUUGCCUCAGGAGUAUCAUGAAGACGGUACUCCAAGGAGGAGGCAGAAGGUCGCGGUUGAGCCCAAAGAACUUGUUGGGAUUCCAAAAGAGUGUCCAAGGUGCAAUUCCAAAGAAGUGAAGUUCAAGUAUUUCAAUAACAAAAAGUUAAACCAGCCACGGUACCAAUGUCUGAGCUGCAAGGACUUUUUCACUCAUGGGGGCAAGAAGUUGGCGACAGAAGCAGCAUCACCAUCUGCAUCUGUCCAGCUGAUGCUCCCGGACGGCUCUUUUAACAUUUUGCCCAUUCAAUCACUGGAUGGCAAAGGAAAAGAAAGAAAAAGGAAGGCUAAGGAACCUCCACAGUUUGCGGGCAUGGAAAAGCUCUGUCGCAAGUGUGGCUCCAAAAAUACCGCAUUCAAGUAUCUCAACAAUGGCCAGCUGGACCAGCCUCGGUACAAGUGCUUGGAUUGUAAGGGCAUGUUUCAGUUACACAAUAAGCGUGUGCGACCUUCUAGCUCUGGUGAUGUCAACACUGCCGCCCUACUGUCUGAUCUAUCAAAAGAAACUACCUCAGUGGAAAGCGCAUCUGUUCCUCUUGAGUCAGCCUUGUUGAUCUGUGGCCCACGGGUUGCAAAGCAAACGGAGAGGAAAAGAAAAGCAAUGGAGCCGGAGCACCUUGUCGGGGUUGUAAAGCCAUGUCCAUCGUGUAAAAAGACUAAAACGAGGUUCAAGUACUUCAACAACAAGAACAUGAAGCAGCCUAGGUAUGAAUGUCUUGAUUGUCAUCAGUAUUUCACUUACAAGACUGAGUUCAAUCAAGUCAAUAGUGGGGCGUUUGGUGGAGAUCAAGGGUUCGUAGCAUCCAUCACAGCCGUUGUCAAUGAGGGGAAUUCAGAGGGCCCUAAUGGUUCAGAUCGAAACGGAAGAGACAAAGAGGUAGAAGGCAAUACCAGUUUGACUGGUAGAAGUGACUCAGAAAGAAUUUAUGAACAAGAUCUUUUGAGGCUCAAUGGAGAAGGUGAUGCUAAUGCGAUCAACUCUGGACAUUUAAAGGACAGAAUGAAAGAUGGAGGCUCUGGCCUAGCAAGUAGCGGGUUUAUUGGCACCAACAUGCGUGUGAGGGAUACAGGGGAGGUUAUAAAUGUGCGACGAGGCCUUGGUCAGGUCGAAAGAGAGGGUGGACAGGGUGGUGGAACCGCGUUGGAGGUCAUCGGUUUCAGAAGAAUGUUGGAUCUUCCUGGAAGUCUCGAGAAACAUGACAAGGUGUUUGAUAGCACGGGUGUAAAACAGCAAUAGGGAGGCUGGAGUUAGUGCCAAUUUAGUUUAUAUCCCUCUUAGCUAGUUCAUUCUUUGAAGGUCAAUUUCGCUACCUUCUUUCAUGGAAUGUAUCAAUGAUUCAGUGCAGGUGUACGAAAUUGAUCACACUCCUUCCGUCCAUCCAGAAACUAUUUCUAACCUGUGAAAAAACCUAUAUACCAAUAUGUACAGGACCGUCCACUUUGUUUAUAUUCAAGAUAUACCGAGUACUUUACUGCAUAUGUAAGACUUAAUGGUAAUGAUGCAGGGUCCAUUGAUGACAUUGGCAUCA